CCUUGACUCACGUUCACAGCGAAUCUGUACAUAGGUAGCGGACGCGGUGAUCAAAGUACACCACAAAGCCAACAAGUUGACACAGAUCACAAGCGACACCACAAUUCACUUCAUAACUGAGGCAGUCUGGACAGGAUACUAUCGUUUACUCGGAUAACUGACGUGUCCAGGACAACAAGAUGGCGAAUGCACCGCGCCGGAAGAAGCUAGUGAUUGUGGGUGACGGUGCUUGUGGGAAAACAUGCCUGCUGAUUGUAUUCAGCAAAGACCAGUUUCCUGAAGUCUACGUGCCAACAGUUUUCGAAAAUUACGUUGCGGACAUCGAAGUCGAUAAUAAACAGGUGGAACUGGCGUUGUGGGAUACAGCAGGUCAAGAAGACUAUGAUCGACUCCGCCCGCUGUCCUACCCAGAUACUGACGUCAUCCUCAUGUGUUUUUCCAUCGACAAUCCAGACAGCCUUGAGAACAUACCCGAAAAGUGGAACCCGGAAGUGAAGCAUUUCUGCCCCAGCGUUCCCGUCAUCCUCGUCGGCAACAAGAAAGAUAUCCGUAAUGAUGACCACAUCAAGGCUGAGUUGGCGAGAAACAAACAGUUUCCGGUCAAAUCGGAAGAGGGUCGUAAUGUGGCUGAGAGAAUAGGAGCAGAAGCGUAUCUCGAAUGUUCGGCUAAGACAAAGGAUGGCGUGAGGGAAGUUUUCGAGACAGCAACUCGUGCAGCGCUGAAGUCGAAGAAGAAGAAGAAGUCCAAAAAGAGCAAAUGUAAGAUUCUGUGAAGUCAGAGGCUUGUUGUUGACAAGACUUUUUGACGUGCUCGCUGGCCAAGGUAUUGUUAUUGGCAUAUUGCUAUGCGAUGAUUGGAAGAAGCGGACUCUUUCCUGUAAACGAGCACAUAACAAUUAUCGCCUCUGUGCAGGCACGUUUGACUUUGUUGUGAAGACGAUGAUGACGUUUAGACUAUGUUUAUCAGUAUUCAUAUGUUGUUUUUAUCACGAGUUCCCCUAUGUAAUGCACAGAUCAACAAACCAGCAGGGGGCGCACGAUGCAUAUCCAAGCAUUGUUUAACUUCUGCCAAAGUUUGAUUGCAACGAAUCCUAGAAUAUUUCACCAAAUGUUAUUUGGGAUAUGUGUUUCUUUUUAUUGCUUCAAGCCACAUGAACAGAAUGUCCCCAUCACUGAACUGAUCACUGAUAUAGAGCUAUCCAUAUUGUAUCAAGGGCAGAUAAUCCAGGACCCUACUACCCUGCCGUGCUCAGUGCAGUCCUGCUAACGUGUGAUAUUUCAUCGUAACGUGAUAAAUGGCUACAUUCCCUUGUGCGAUGGUUGUUUUGUAGAUAUGUAUACAUACAAUGGAAUGCUCUUAAAGGGGGACUCCACUGUCCGCAGACGCCCAUUUCCGGUCUCGUUCUAGUUGUCAUUAUCGCCCUCUGUGAAACGAGGCAGUCACUCAUUGCUGUGUAAAUUAGCGUGCUCUGUGAAACUUGACUGUGUUUAAUUGCAGUUGGAGUUAGCGUCCUUUGUGACACAGGACAGAGUCUAAUUGCAGUUGGAGUUAGCGUCCUUUGUGACACAGGACAGAGUCUAAUUGCAGAUGGAGUAAGCGUCCUUUGUGACACAGGACAGAGUCUAAUUGCAGAUGGAGUUAGCGUCCUUUGUGACACAGGACAGAGUCUAAUUGCAGAUGGAGUUAGCGUCCUUUGUGACACAGGACAGAGUCUAAUUGCAGAUGGAGUUAGCGUCCUUUGUGACACAGGACAGAGUCUAAUUGCAGAUGGAGUUAGCGUCCUUUGUGACACAGGACAGAGUCUAAUUGCAGAUGGAGUUAGCGUCCUUUGUGACACAGGACAGAGUCUAAUUGCAGAUGGAGUUAGCGUCCUUUGUGACACAGGACAGAGUCUAAUUGCAGAUGGAGUUAGCGUCCUUUGUGACACAGGACAGAGUCUAAUUGCAGAUGGAGUUAGCGUCCUUUGUGACACAGGACAGAGUCUAAUUGCAGAUGGAGUUAGCGUCCUUUGUGACAAAGGACAGAGUCUAAUUGCAGAUGGAGUUCGAGUGUAGUUAGCUGCUGGGUUGUGUUUCUUACUUCCAGAGCUUGUUUCUCUCAUCUUACCUUUGCAUGAAACGGUCGUGAAAACAUCUGGUUCUUUUAAGGUCCGCGGUGCAGUGACCAUUUACGGUUUCGAUAUUGACCUUAUCCAGACUUGGGUCAGAGACUCUAUUUACGUGGAUAUUAAAUUGUUAAUGACUAAACAGAUACACAGACACACGUCUCACACUGGCUAGGACUGCCUGUUUCCCAGAGCCUUGCCUCCCUUUAAAUCAACAGCAUCUCAAAACAAUGAUAUUUUAGGUAAGGUUUAGUUCAUAGUUUGGUGUCACGUGAUUCAUUCUGAAGGCAAAAUUAGGGGUGACCUGUGAACCAAAGUGAUCUGUGAUAACGGUAUCUCAGUGUAAGAAUGUUGUUUGUAACGUACAUGUUGUGGAUAUGACGCUUUGUUUGUGUCAGUCCAGUACUACGCGAGUACACCGAUUAUCUCCCUUGAAUGGCAAAUCUCAUGUACACUGUGCAUCGAGACAUUUUUAUGUAACUUACACCUACAGAAUGGCAACGUGACAGGUAGAUACAGAAAUGUUAGAAUACUGUCUAGUCUCUAGCGUAUCGAUGACAUUAAGAUAGACAUGUACAUAUAUUGCUGAAGUUAAUUAAAUACAGUUUAAUUCCAGGAUAUGUAUGAAACUGAAACCCUUGACAUAUUUGUUCACCUACACAUUACAUAAAUGCCAUAUUCGAGUGUUGUUUUUGUUUAUACCAUAUAUUCGGAUAUGCCACUUUUUGUUUCAUUUAUUAUGUUUCGAUUUCAAUUUUGAAUAAAAUCAAAUGUUUUUCAA